AUGACGUACGAGCAUACACCGACCGAGGGUCCACCGAUCGCAAACCUCAUGGAUUUCGUCUGCAACGAAUUUAAAAGCGGCAAUUUCGAUAACGAAGAUGCGACGGGCAGCGUGGAGCCAACAACGCCUGUACAUUUCACGGUAUCCGAUAGUGAUAAAGAAACGAUAUUACAGUCCAAAACAAACAUCGACACGUAUGUUUGA